AUUUCUUUCCGCUUAAAAUACUUAGUUUGAUUUUUUUAUUUCAGCUUUGAAUUAGAUUUCCAACAUGGCAAGAAGAUAUGAUUCAAGAACAACAAUUUUUUCCCCUGAAGGGCGUCUUUACCAAGUGGAAUAUGCAAUGGAAGCCAUUGGUCAUGCUGGUACCUGCCUUGGUAUUUUAGCCAAAGAUGGGGUUCUCUUAGCAGCAGAGAGAAGAAACACCAAUAAACUUCUUGAUGAAGUCUCAUUUUCAGAAAAAAUAUACAAAUUAUAUGAUGAUAUGGCUUGUAGUGUAGCAGGAAUUACAGCUGAUGCUAAUGUGUUGACCAAUGAUCUAAGACUUAUAGCUCAACGGUAUACUUUACAAUAUCAAGAACCAAUACCAUGUGAACAACUUGUCAGUUCUCUUUGUGAUAUCAAACAAGUCUACACACAAUUUGGAGGUAAAAGGCCAUUUGGUGUGUCAUUAUUAUAUAUGGGAUGGGAUCGACAUUAUGGUUUUCAAUUAUAUCAAAGUGAUCCAAGUGGUAACUAUGGUGGAUGGAAAGCAACAUGUAUUGGUAACAAUAGCGCUAAUGCUGUAUCUAUGUUAAAACAAGAAUACAAAGAAGGAGAAACUUCUCUACAAGAAGCAUUGGCACUUGCUGUCAAAGUAUUAAGCAAAACAUUAGAUAUGACAAAAUUGACCCCUGACAAAGUUGAAAUUGCAACAUUGACUAGAGAGAACGGUAAAACUAAGAUAGGAGUUUUAGGUGUGAAUGAAGUUGAAAAGUUGAUCAAAGUAUAUCAGGAGGAGGAAGCUAAAAUUGAAGCAGAGAAAAAGAAAGAGGCUGAAAAGAAGAAAAGUUCAUCAUGAAGUCACUAGUUAAUUUAUCCUUUCGUAUAAGUGCUCUCCAUUUUUUGGUCCAUAAACAUCUUUAUUGUCACAUGUGAAAAUAGAACUACAAAAUAAAAAUGUUAAAUUUUGA